UCCUGCUCGGGGCAGGCUGCGCUUCGCGGCUCGUGUUUCAAGCCGCCCCGGUCGCCUUGCAAUGGCCCUGGAGCCGUGGGGAGAGCGGUUGUCCUUCCAGUCUUUCCUAAGCAGGCUUCCCCCGGGGGCUGCGUAUGGCUACGGUGGGGAGAGCCCGCAGGGGGUGCGCCAGAGGGAGUUCGCCAGGCUAGGAGGAAUUACUUACCUUGACCAUGCAGGCACUGCACUCUUCCCACAGAGUUUACUAAAAUCCUUCACUGAUGACCUCAAUGAAAACGUUUAUGGGAACCCUCACAGUCAGAACAUCAGCAGCAAAUUGACAUAUAACACUAUCGAACAUGUCCGAUACAGGAUAUUGCAGCAUUUCAAUACAACUGUAGAAGACUACUCUGUCAUUUUCACUUCCGGAAGUACAGCUGCACUCAAACUCCUUGCAGAGGCCUUCCCUUGGAUGCCUGAAAUCUUGGGGGAUCCUGGGAGCCGCUUUUGCUACCUCACAGACAGCCACACGUCUGUGGUGGGCAUGAGAGGGAUCACUGCUACAAUGAAUGUCUCGUUUGUUCCUGUGAAAGCAAGGGAGAUGUUGUCCAGGACAAAUAACAUGGCGACUGAAGAGAAGAGCUGCAGAACACCUCACCUCUUCUGCUAUCCUGCUCAGAGCAAUUUUUCAGGCACUAAAUAUCCCCUUGCAUGGAUAGAACAGAUAAAAUCUGGAAAGCUCUGCCCCAUCAAGGCCCAAGGGAAAUGGUUUGUACUCUUGGAUGCAGCAACUUAUGUCAGCACUUCUCCAUUAGACUUGAGCAUUCAUCAGGCGGAUUUUGUGCCCCUGUCAUUCUAUAAGAUGUUUGGAUUCCCCACUGGUUUAGGUGCACUGCUGGUAAAGAAUGAAGUUGCUUCUUGCUUGAGGAAAACCUAUUUUGGAGGUGGAACUGCAGCUGCCUACCUGGCAGAAGAGGAUUUCUAUUCACCAAGAUCAUCAGUGGCUGAAAGGUUUGAAGAUGGGACAAUUUCUUUCCUUGACAUUAUUGCACUGAAGCAUGGAUUUGAUUCCUUGGAAAGACUCACAGGUGGAAUGGAGAACAUAAAACAACAUACAUUUGCUUUAGCGCACUACACCUAUACAGUUCUCUCUACAUUAAAGUAUGUUAAUGGAGAACCUGUUGUGCACAUUUAUGGUGAUACGGAUUUCAGCAGCCCAGAUAUCCAGGGUCCAAUAAUUAAUUUUAAUGUAUUGGAUGAAAAUGGAGAGAUAAUUGGCUACUCACAGGUAGACAAAUUGGCUGGGCUCUACAACAUCCACAUGCGCACAGGCUGUUUCUGUAAUACUGGAGCUUGUCAGCAGCAUUUGGGGAUCAGCUGUGAAGACAUCAAAAAGAACCUGCAGGCUGGUCACGUUUGUGGAGAUGACAUAGAUGUAAUUGACGGACAUCCCACUGGGUCUGUGAGAAUCUCUUUUGGCUAUAUGUCAACAUUUGAAGAUGCACAAGCCUUUCUAAAAUUCAUUAUAACCACCAGACUUUCUGGCUGCAACAUGGUUAAAAGUCCAUCUCAAAGAGAAACUAUUUCAGAGUCUGUAGCAUCUCCCAAAGAAAAUGGCCACACUUGUAGCAACAACAGUGCAAACAAGCUGCCUCUGAAAAGGAUCAUCCGGGGUUCUCAGCUUAGUGCCAUUUCUGCUUCAGUGACAAUGCCAGUCAAUCUUCAGCCUACUGAGAGACAUCCAGAAAGGGAUAUACCUGAGGUUCUGGGGGAUUCAGCAGAAGCGCUGUCAAGUGGUAGAAGGCCCAUCACUAUCACCAACAUUUAUCUCUACCCAAUCAAAUCCUGUGCUACGUUUGAGGUUAGGCACUGGCCUAUUGGAAAUCAAGGGUUGCUGUAUGACCGAAGCUGGAUGGUUGCAAAUCAGAAUGGAGUUUGCAUUACUCAAAAGCAGGAACCAAGACUGUGCCUUAUACAACCCAUGAUUGACCUGGAGCAAAACGUGAUGAUCAUCAAGGCAGAAGGAAUGGAACCUAUCUCCGUAACUUUGGAAGAAAGCAGUGGAAGUCUGACUGAGAUCUGUCAAAGCAAGGUCUGCUCACACAGAGUACAGACGUAUGAUUGUGGAGAAAGAGUGGCUGAUUGGUUUUCUGAAUUCCUAGGCCGGCAGUGCCGCUUGAUCAGGCAGAGUUCAGACUUCAAAAGAAAUGCUAACAAGAAAGAUGAAAAAGGAGGGGCCUCUGCUGAAGUGGCCUCACUCUCUCUAGUAAAUGAAGCUCAAUAUCUCCUGAUAAAUAGGAAAAGUAUUGCACAAUUGAGGGAUCAAGUUGUUGCAAGACUUGGUGAAUCACUUCUCCCCGAUGAACUCAUCUAUCGCUUCCGUGCAAACAUUGUUAUCAGCACAAAUGAGCCAUUUGAAGAAGACCUGUGGGACGAGAUUGCCAUUGGAACUCUGUAUUUCAAGGUUAUGGGGCCGUGUCACCGAUGUCUGGUUAUUUGCAUUGACCAACGAACUGGACAACGAAAUAAGGAAUUUCUUCAGAGCCUGGCUGCCAUUAAAGAUAGAAAGACUAACUUUGGAAUAUACCUGAUGAAUCACCCUGGGACAGCAUCUUCUUCUCCAGGUGGCUUGUCAGUGGGAUCUCAGGUACUUCCAGUGAUCAAGAGCAACAUCACAGCAUUACCAUCUACUGAAGAGUACACGUUAGGAUGACUUCAGACUGUUCACAUUUGCUCUGAACAUUGAGAGCCUUCUCCAAUACCAUUAAUUAAAUGACAAUUAUUUGUGAACAAUCAGUAAUUACGUGCAAAAUCUAUUCAAGUUGCAUCACAGGACAGGUGCAA